GGAUUCUCGACACAAUCAUGUUUGCCGCGCUGAAAGAUGGCGCGCAGCAAGCAUUUCGCGCAGCGAUGUCCGAGAUCCCUGGUCAAAAGGCGAUGGUGGUAGAUGGAUCUUUGCAAGUGCUUCUUGAGGUUCUCUCCCGUGGGGGUGGCGGAAAAGGUUUCUUCGACGACCUUGGGAUCGCGCAGAUUGUCACGCUCGUACCACAUCUCGACGUUGACAAGCUCGAAUCAUCGCAGAUCGUGUUUCUUGUGCGCCCCCAGCCCGUCCAUGUAAAAACCAUGGCUGACGUUGUCUUGUCGGCACCACGCCGUCACACGUUUGCAGUCGUGUGGCUUCCGCAAUGCAUCGGGGUCUGCGAACUCGAGAUGGAAAGACAGGGACUUGCCGGCAUCGUGCGGGAAAUCGACAUCCCGCUCUUCUUGGUCCCAUGCGAUGAACUAGUAUGGAGUUUAUGUUGGGAAGAAGCAUUCAUCGACUUGUUUAUCCAUCACGACACGAGUGUCGUAUCCCAUGUAGUUCGGAGCCUUCUUCAUUUGGAACAAUUUCACGGUGUGCACCUGCCCCACCGCGUCACUGCGCAUGGACCUGCGGCGCAGCACGCAAAGAAUCUCCUCGACAGUAUCCAUGGAGCGUCGCGAUCGAAAACGCCCGCGACAUUCCAGUUCGACCAGUGCAUUUUGCUUGAUCGCAUGGAAGACCCGAUCUCGUUGUUGGUGACGCCUUUGCAUUAUGAAGGAUUGCUCGACUCUGUCAUUGGUAUCGACCAUGGCACGAUCCUCCAUGGCAUUCCCAAGAAGAAGCACGUCCUUGACGACGAUCUCUUUGCGUCCAUCCGGAACGUGGAUUUUCAGCUCGUCACGUCGCUCUUGCACGAUAUGUCGACGUCACUGCAAGUCGACGAGGCUGCCACUCGGUCGACCACGUCCAUCGACCAGCUCAGGAUCCGAGCUGCCCUUGCUGCAGCCAAAACGAACCUUUCGCUGCAUGUCGACCUGGCACACCGAGUAUCGAAUUGCUCAACUGAUGUGAAGGACGUGGUCUCCGACGACGUCGACGGAGUUCAACGAUGUGUGCAUGCGGAGCAGAUCAUUCUGAGCAAGAAGCUGACCGCCACAACGCCCAGCAGCGCCGUAUCGUCCAUAACGGGUGGCGCGGACGCGGCCUUCGUUGGCACGGUGCUCGAGGAGGCACUCUUUCGUGAUCCUCCGCUGGAGCUGACCAAGCUAAUCAAAUUGGUGUGCUUGCACUCGCUCGUCCACGGUGGAUUCAAGCACGCAACGUUCGAGUGGCUGCAAACCCAGAUUUGCCAUACGUACGGCCAUCGUGUCGCACUACCACUCGUCGCCAACCUCGUUGAGUUGAAUUGGUUAUUCCCAUCGUCAUCACGGCGCUCCAAUCCGCCGUGGAUGAAGCGGCUGCGACAGCAUGACCCCCUCAUCGGAACAAGUCGACCUCUGCCUACAACUCGAGACAUAUCGUUCAUGUUCCCCACGACAGGAUAUGCCCCCAUUAGCGUCCUCCAGGUCCAGGACACGGCCACAAGAAGCUCAUCAUCCACUCCAUUGAGUGGGAGGACGAAGCAGCGUGUCUUGGUGUACUACAUUGGCGGCGUCACCGUUGCCGAAAUCGCCGCAUAUCGGUGGUUGAACCAAGGUCAAGACCAAAUCCAGUACGUUGUCGCAUGCACAGCGAUAUCCAACACGGCGCGACUGCUGCGGCAACUGGUUCGAUCCCCUUAGCACGUGGGUGACCACCCCGUCGUUGAAGCCGCGAUCGAAUUGGAUCGCGUUGAAAAUGAAUUUCGACAUAUUUUCCCGUUUUUACACGAA